AUGGGUCAAAUACCACAACAGUUAGCUUUAAAUUCUCAAGCUCCGGGCACCUUGCCAAGUGGUACAUUGACAAAUCCACGGGAGCAUAACAAUGUUAAUGUUGUAGUAACCAGAAGUGGUAAGUCAACAGAAGAAAACAGUAUGGAGGAAGAUGGUUUAUUAGAAGUCGAUUUAGAAAUCAAAGAAACCAAAAACCAAAAUGAAGAAGUAGUGCUAAUGUCUGUCAAGGAGAAAGAAAAAGUUCCUAAACCAGUCAUCAAACUCCCUUACCCUUCGAGACAAAAGAAGAAAGAUCAACAUGAUUUUUUUUUUGAGAAGUUCUUGGAAAUGUUCAAGAAGCUUGAGAUAAACAUUCCAUUUUUUGAAGCGCUAGAACAAAUGCCAAUAUAUUCCAAGUUCAUGAAAGACAUCAUCUCCAAAAAGCGCUCCACUAAUAUAGAUCCAAUCAUCCUAACUGAAACAUAUAGUACCAUUCUUCAAGGUAUGAAAAUCCCUAUGAAAAAGAAAGAUAUGGGAUCAGUUACUAUUCCUUGCACUAUUGGUGAUAAAAAAUUCAAGAAGGCUCUGGUUAAUUUGGGAGAAAGUGUGAGUUUGAUGCCACUAUCCAUCUACAAAAAAUUAGGCCUUGGUACCGUUCAAGAUACUAGGAUGACACUUUAG